AUGGACGCCGUCGACGAGCCGACGACUCCGUUUGGGGUCUUCACCACACACACUAACAAGUUACAGAGGCAAUACCAAGCCCUCCUCGACCGUAGCACGCCGUACGUGCUCUACCGCUGGCUCGGCACAGCUGCUUUCCUCAUCAUCUUCUUCCUGCGCGUGUUCAUCGCGCAAGGCUGGUACAUCGUCGCCUACGCCCUGGGCAUUUACCUCUUGAACCUGUUCCUCGCCUUCCUGCAGCCCAAGUUCGACCCGUCAAACGACGCACUCGACAAUGACAUGGAAGAUGGCACUAUUGGCACGCUCCCGACCAAGCAGGAUGAGGAGUUCCGCCCCUUCAUCCGCCGCCUUCCCGAGUUCAAGUUCUGGCACGCUGCCACCCGCGCCAUCGCCAUUUCCUUCGCCUGCAGCUGGUUUGAGAUCUUCAAUAUCCCUGUUUUCUGGCCUGUCUUGGUUAUGUAUUGGUUUAUGCUGUUCAUCCUGACCAUGAGGAAGCAAAUCCAGCACAUGAUCAAGUACCGCUAUGUGCCCUUCACCAUCGGCAAGGCGCGCUACGGCAGGUCAGGAACUAAUGUCAACCUCCUGGCCACAUCCCGCCCUUUACCUGAUAUUGUGGAAGCCUUUAACGGACAUUCCUGCCUUGAGAUCGUAGCCCAAAAGGAUGACGUCGAGCAAUACCUGCGUAAUCGCAUGUUCAUGUCGCAGAUGGCAUGUUCCUACUCGCCCACCUUUUUUUUCGAGUCCUUGAAGGAUAAAGUUAGCGUAAAGCGCAUCUGCGAAGCACUGAACAAGCUUCGAAACAACUCUCGGGAAAAGGAGCCAAAGCGUGCCCUAUUACGCCAGGCAUAUGACGACGCAAUGGAGCGAAUCGAUGGGCAACCGGCAGAUCACAAGGAGCUUGUCAACCAUGUGCUAUCCUGGAUCAUAUGCGCCAAACGUCCUCUGAAAACGAUAGAGGUUCAGUAUGCAUGGGCUGUCAAGGAUUGUGAGAACGAGCUUGAUGAAGCCGCAAUUCCUGAUGCCGAAAGCAUGCUUUCGACAUGUUUCGGGCUCGUUACCAUCGACAAAGAAAGCGAGAUUACUCGACUUAGCCACUAUACAGUUCAGGAAUAUUUCCAGGAAACUUUGGCCCAGUGGUUUCCGAACGCCCACCUCAAUAUCGGAAAGACCUGCAUAUCAUACCUCUUGUUUGAGGACUUUUCAGGUGGACCUGUCAAGACAUAUGAGGAGGCACGUGAAUGA